AUGCGAGUGCGACUCGUUCUAUCACUCCUUGCAGUAGCCGCGAUUGGGUGUGCUGUCAAAGCAAAGACAACAACUCCCGUUGUUAGGAGUCAUAUUGAUUCCUCUGACGUGUCAGAGGAUAAUAACGACGGUGACAGGAUGAUAAGCCUCGAUUCAUUGAUUACCAAGGCCAAGGAUAUUUUGACCACGAACCCCUUCAAAGGGUUAACCAGAGCCACUAAGCAACCAAAUCUCGUUGACGAUCAGCUGGUGAAAGCCGUUGAGCAACCAAAACCCGUUGACGAUCAGCUGGAGAUAAGCCGAUGA